CCUGCUGGGUCCAUCAAGACCAACUUCCAUUACAAUCGAGCGUUUAGUUAUCCGCCCGACGCGAAGACAGAUGCUGCUUGGGGUUCAAUCUUCCCCAGAGGCUUCGGUUUCAUUCAGCAUCCAGUACUUGCUCCAAAUCAAAGCGGGAUCGCAGUAUUCCACCAGUUACACUGUUUGAAUGGACUGCGGAAACAGUACUACCUUUCCCUCGAACGGGGCUCAGGGACUGGGGGCGAGUUCGAAGCGAAGAAUGGGGAGACCAAAGAUAGGAAUCGCAGCGACCCAGCACAUGUCCGUCAUUGCUUUGAUCUGCUCCGCCAAUCCCUCAUGUGUUCCGCCGAUACCAACAUUGAGCCCGUGGAUUCUGAGCUCGGAGGCAUUACGGGAUGGGGAAGUGAGAGAAAAUGCCGGGAUUUUGGGACAGUCUUUGAAUGGGCAGGGAAAUGGGCGUACCAAGAUCCGCUGCCUGAGACAGUAUAA